GUCCGCUUCUGCGGUCGCCAUGACGGCGGCUGUGUUUUUCGGCUGCGCCUUCAUCGCCUUCGGGCCCGCGCUCGCCCUCUACAUCUUCACCAUCGCCACCGAGCCGCUACGCAUCAUCUUCCUCAUCGCCGGCGCUUUCUUCUGGCUGGUGUCUCUCCUGAUUUCCUCCCUGGUUUGGUUCAUGGCAGAAACCAUUACUGGCCACAGAGGUGGACGGGUACAGGAGUAUGUGCUUGUUUUCGGAGUACUGGUCUCAGUCAUUAUCCAAGAAGCCUUCCGGUUUGCCUAUUACAAGCUAUUAAAAAGAGCCAAUGAAGGUUUGAAGGCUAUAAAUCCGGAUGACGCAGCACCCUCUCUGCGGUUGCUGGCCUAUGUUUCUGGCUUGGGCUUUGGGAUUAUGAGCGGAGUGUUUUCCUUUGUGAAUACGCUGUCGGACUCCCUGGGGCCAGGCACAGUGGGCAUCCAUGGAGACUCUCCCCAGUUCUUCCUUAAUUCAGGAUGUGUGCUUCCUUUGCAGACCCUGGUGAGCCCUCAUUACGGGGUUAACCUGGCAUUGGCUUACGCGGUGCUGGUGCUCAUGGGCGUCUGGGCGUUCUUCGUUGCUGGAGGCUCCGGCCGGACCCUGAAGCUCUGCCUGCUGUGCCAGGACAAGGACUUCCUUCUUUUCAGCCAGCGCUCCAGAUAGCCUCGGGGGCAGCACCCCCGGCAGCAGGCACCGGCACAGCUGUGCCCUGUUCCAAACGUGGCUUUUCCUGCUGGGAUUUGGGGAAAAUGGAACUAUCUAGAUACAGGCCCCACUCACAUGGCUUUCAGGCCACAGCUACCCUAGUGUGGUGUGUGUCCCCUGCACGCGAGGACCUCCUAGGGAGCCUAAAGAAUGCCCAUUUCUGGGCUCCACCUGGCAGAUUGAAUUGAUUAGGGCCCCUGGUGUUCUCUGGCACACGGGCAGCCUAAGGAUUGAAGAACCCGGGGUUCUAGUUGACUCCUGACCUGGGCUGGACAAAGAAACACCUGGAUGGCAAAUGCUGGUUAGUCUGUUUACGCACUGAUGUUACAAAAGCCGAAAGGGCUCUUUAGCUCCCUGCUCUGCUGUCAUGGGUGUGCCCAGGACCCUGCUGUGGGAGCUACAUGUAGCCGCAGGAAGACACUGAUUAGUAAGCUGCAUUUCUCUGUUUUGUUUUUCCCCUCAUUCUAGAUUGUUCUUUUUGAGACAUUGGUUACAUUGGUUUUGAGCCUGGGUUCAAUUUCUUUAACUAAACCUGAUGACUUUCUGGCUCCUUGGCGUGGAAGGUCAUUCGUGGUGAAGCGCUGCUGGCUGCAGUAUUUCACAUCUGGAACGCUCGUUGCCGGGCCGUUGAGACAAAGCCAGCGGUUCACCUCAGUUAUGGGCUGGGUGUUGAAUGUGCCCAGGACAGGCUGCCUUGAGCGGGUGGCAGGCUAACCCAAAGCUGAGGACACCAAGCUGCCAGAGGGGUGGGGACAUUCUCAUUUGGCUCCCGUGAAGCGAUACUGCACAACACUUUCCCCCAAAAUAAAUAGUGUAAAAAUGGAAAUGGAUCUUUAAGUUGUCAAGUUCAUGCCUUUACAGAAUCCAUAUGAUCUUAAGUUUAGUACCAUUCGAUGGGUUUGGGUCACAAAGUCAGCAUCCCUGCCAUAGGAAGACAGACCCAAAGUAUCCAUUCAGCUUCUUAGCAACCACGUUGAAGCCCUCCGGCAGAACGUCCAGAGGGCUCAGCAGAGACUCGGCAGACGGGCAAACUGGGCAAUACUUUGAUGAGGAAGAAGGAUGUGCGUGUUCACAACAGGAACGUGGCCAAUCUUUUGUGCUGGCCUCAUGCCAUUCCGGGGACCAGAAAUACACCUUUAUCAGUUAACAAUGGCGCACACACCCCAUGUUAAAGUUACAGGGACAUCGUAGCCUAGAGAUUCGAGAGGAGAAAGGCUGCCAACAGUUUCCUGAGCGAUGGCAGUUACUCCCCCAGCCUGCCUCAGUGCUGCUGCCGCUGCUGCCACUUCCAUUGGCCUCUGCAGUUUUCCAGCUUCAUACAGUUUUCUCUUUAGACUAAUGAGCCAAGGGCACAGAGACUGAAGACUAGGCUUUACUGUGCAAAGUUAAGGGGAGUAAGAUACUAAUGGGCUGGAAUUUAUGUUCUUAUCAGCAUGUGGUAUUCUUUGAUUAGUAGAAUAAGUACAUAUGCAAGGAGGCUUCAAAAAGUCCAUUGAAAAAUGGAAAUUAAAGAUAAUGAAAUUUUUCUAUGAACGCUUAUGCCCCUCUUGUGUGUAUAUUUGUCUAUGUGUGUUUAUAUAUUUAGUUAUUAGUACUGACUUACAAAUGUCUUGAAUGUCUGAUCACAUGUUUAUCGAUUUGGAACGCAUUAAAGAUUUGAGAAGCUUACUCAUAUUUGAGCCUUGCGGAUGUCCUCUGUGCAUUAAGCGUUUAAUAGUAAGUGGAGAAGCUGAGGUAUUACAAAACCUCAUUUAUUUAAAAAGCUGCUCAGGUGGGAAGAAGCUUUUCCUUGAUGGGCGACUGUUGUCACAGGGCAGGAACCGCUGGCUGCUCCGAGACUGGGAGCUCGUGGCCUGGGCUCCCGAGAACCACAGUCCGUCCGACGGCCAGUGUUUCUGGUAGCCUUGCCCGAGCACCGCAGAGGGCAUGCGCCCCAGGACUUCUGCCACUCCCGGGCAAGCAGGAAGAUGCCUCUUGCUCCUUUUUGGCAUGUCUACUCCAAGGUGAGCUCUCUGAGCCCUGUGAGGACGUGCUGAGAAGAUGGUGCAGUUGUACGUGGCUGAGAGUCAGAGUUGAUGUUGGACUUGUGAGACCCGUUGCAAAUGUGGCCAUGUGAGCGAGAGAGAUCCGUUUCAUUGCGCUCUGAUAAAAGCUGUUUCUGGAUUUAGUCUUCCUUGCUUUGGGUGCACAGUGAUACCUGGGGAAGGUUUGCUGCUCCUCGCCUGGCCUGCCUGACAGGCAACACAGCAGCAGCAGUCUCUUCUAGAGCAUCUGAAAUAGGAAGCGGCUUCCGAGCCCAAUGUGAAGGUUUCUCUUCUCAAGCUCCGGGUGGGGGUUCACACCUACAACACUCCCUGUUGAAGCAGCAUCCAAGGUAACAACGCAAGCUGCCUCUGACCUGGUGUCCCUCCUGCUCGCGUCUACCUUACCCAGGGUGGAGCUAGCCAAGGGCAGGGGCCUGCAGGCUCCGGUGGCCAGCCUGUCACAGGCAUCAUCCGUUUCUUCCGGCCCCACCAUCCCUCCCUCCAGAUGGACAGGCAGAUGCCACCAUACAUCUACUUUCGGUGUUUUGUUUAAAGUGUAGAAUAUUUUCGUUAUGUUGUAAGGUUUACGUUUCUCUUUUAGUAAUUCUGUAAUGAAUAAUUAUUAUUAGUUAAAAAGUUAAUAUUUUAUUAAAAUGUAGUUUGGAGAGGUGGGUCCUGUAUGCAAAAUAUGUAACUUUUUUGUAAGCGAUACUUUUAUGUUAUGCAUACUUGCAAUGUCAGACUUGCCUUCACUGCAGUAUGCAGUAGACUCUGCACACCUGCGCUUGUCAGUGAACAGUAAAAAACUGUUUGACACGA